CACUUAUUCUCUCUCUCUCUCUCUCUCUCUCUCUCUCUUCGAUAACCCUUUUAGUUUAUAGCUAUUAUAGAGUCCUCUCAAAAAAGGUUUCUUUCUUUUUCUCUUUUUGUGCCCAGUCCACGCAAUAUUCCAAAACCGCUAAGAGUGAUCUCACCCCCUUUCUACAAGUUUCUGAAGUCUCCUUCUUGUCUAUUUACCUUUGCAUAACCUUGGUUCUUGAAUUCCUGUGUUUGAUAUCCAAAGUUGACACGAAAGAGCUCAACUUUUCACUCUGCCUAUAACAUCCUAAAAGCUCAUGCUUAUCAAAUAAUGCAGCUAUAUCAUCACCCAUACUCUCUUGAUAGCCAAAAGGUGAGACUUGCUUUGGAAGAGAAAGGCAUUGAUUACACAUCAUACCAUGUCAAUCCUGUAACAGGCAAAAACAUGGACUCCUCAUUCUUCAGGAUGAAUCCGAGUGGAAAACUCCCCGUUUUCAAGAAUGGCGCUCACAUCAUUUUCAACACAAUAGAGAUUAUCCAGUAUUUAGAAAGAAUUGCAGCUGUCUCGUCAGGUGGUGACAAUAUCUCCUUUAGUGGUAGAGAAGUGGUUGCAUGGAUGCAGAAGAUACAAGAGUGGAACCCUAAGUUCUUCACACUUUCCCACAUCCCAGAUAAGUACCGCUUCUAUGUUUCCAAAUUCAUAAGGCGGGUGCUGAUUGCUCGGAUGGCUGAAUGUCCUGAUCUAGCAGGAGCUUACCAUAAUAAGCUAAGAGAAGCACAUGAGACAGAGGACAAGUUGAAGAACAAGAAUGUUUUGCAAGGGAACAGGGAGCAUUUAAUUAGACUUCUUGAUGAAGUUGAAACACAGCUGAAUGAAUCACAAUAUUUAGCAGGGGAAGAUUUUAGCAUGGCAGAUGUAAUGCUCAUCCCAGUGCUGGCUCGCUUAGUGCUCUUGGAUUUGAAAGAUGAGUACAUAAAUAGCAGGCCAAACAUUGCUGAGUACUGGGUUUUGGUGCAGCAGAGGCCUAGUUACAAGAAGGUGAUUGGGAGGUACUUUGAUGGCUGGAGAAAGUACAAAACACUGGUAAAAACUUGGUGCUUCGUUCGUAUUAGAAGUAUGCUAAGAAGAUAUUGAUGAAAUAUAUAUGGCUCAGGGUUGACCGAAUAUUGAGAGAAAAAUCUGAUUUUUAUGCUGUAUACGAGGUUGUUCAUUUAAUGGGGGAAAAUAAGCAAUUCUUGUUUUUGGUUUCUUCUUAUUUUGGGGGUCACCAGAAAAGAAGAAAAAAAAGGGGGUGGGAGGAACUGGUUGGCUGAAGGAUAAACUUUUAUUUGGAUUAUUUGGUUAGAAAAGCAAUAAGAGAUGCAUUUUUGAGUUU